AUCAGAUCUUAAAAACAAUACAGAGGACAUUUUAAAUCAAAGAUAAUCUUCCACACACAGAGAGGGUAGAGAUCAAACAGCCAGAGGUCUGAUGAGUUUGUGAUGUUUCAUCCUGCAGGACAUGUACCUGAAUGCUGGCGGUGUGACAGUGUCUUAUUUCGAGUGGCUGAAGAAUCUCAACCAUGUCAGCUAUGGAAGACUGACCUUCAAAUAUGAGAGGGACUCAAACUACCACCUGCUCAUGUCUGUGCAGGAAAGUUUAGAGAGGAAGUUUGGGAAGCAGGGAGGGCCCAUUCCCAUCGUACCCACCGCUGACUUCCAGGCCAGAGUUGCUGGUGCCUCUGAGAAGGACAUUGUUCACUCUGGGUUGGCCUACACCAUGGAGAGAUCUGCCCGGCAAAUCAUGCGCACAGCAAGCAAGUACAACCUGGGUCUGGACCUUCGGACGGCCGCUUAUGUCAAUGCCAUCGAGAAGGUCUUCAAAGUCUACAACGAAGCGGGGCUGACCUUCACAUAAAUGGCCAAGCAUGACCUGCACUUCCUCCUCCCCUCCACCCUUCUGCUAUUGAUCACCCUCUCCUGCGUUCUUCCACCUUCUCAGCAGCCUUCAGAACAUAUCACUGUUUGCCGCUGCUCUGUGGCUCUUGACACACACACACACACUCACACUCACACAGUGAGACAUUGGCUUGCCUGGUAUUUAUCCUGUAAUCUUUGUGCUGCCAUUAUACUGUAUCUGCAUCUCUGUAUAAAUGUUGCCCCUUGA